CAUAGUACUACUAGUAGAGUGUUACAUUUAUCGGGAUUGAUCCGAGUGGAGAAAACGGGAGCGGGACCAUAAAGAUAUUUUAUAAAUCUGAUUUUAAUCUGAUCUCAUUGAAGUUACAUACCUGCCCUAUUUACGUAAUCCAGGUUUGCUUCAAUGCUUCGUCUUAUUGCAUCUCCAGCUAUGAUUUAAUUUUACACAAGUUCAACCUUGACUGGCGUCAAAGGAAGCUAUGUACCCGGCCACCUAGGCAGUUUAGCGCUCAACCAUCUCGGCGGUACUAUCUGUGCAUGGACACAUAGGUACCCAGAGUCAUGGAUAGUAUGGGUUCAACAGUUCCCACCAAGGCAGAGCAGCUCCGCAGGAAAAUCCUGCAGGCGGAGCAAGAGCUCGAAGAGUUACGAAGGCAACUGGAAAGAGAAGAACUCGAGGCUCAGGAGACCAGCUCAAAACCUUCCACCAACGACCUCCUCCACCCGGAGUGGAAGUGGCCGCUACAAGAAGAUGAAUACUCCCGCUACGGCCGGCAGCUCAUCCUCCCCGCCGUCGGGAUCCAGGGGCAACUGCGCCUCAAGUCGACCUCCAUACUAAUCAUCGGCGCCGGCGGCCUCGGCUGCCCCGCCACCGCGUACCUCUCCGGCGCCGGCAUCGGGACCCUCGGCGUCGUCGACGGCGACACCGUCGAGGCCUCGAACCUGCACCGGCAGAUCGCGCACAGCACCUCGCGCGUCGGCACGCCGAAAGUCGACAGCCUGAUCGCGUAUGCCCGCGCGCUCAACCCGAACGUGGCGUACGUGCCGCACAGAGAGCACCUGACGCCGCAGAACGCCGAGGACGUCGUCGGGAGGUACGACGUCGUGCUCGACUGCACCGACCACCCGACCUCGCGGUACCUGGUAUCGGAUAUCUGCGUGCUGCUAGGAAAACCGCUGGUUUCUGCGUCGGCGCUGCGGACGGAUGGCCAGCUGAUCGUGCUGAAUAACCCGCCCGCGGCGCAGGGAGAGACAGACACAGGCGGCCCGUGCUACCGCUGCGUGUUCCCCAAGCCGCCACCGGCGGAUAGCGUGAUUAGCUGCGGUGAGGGGGGCAUACUGGGGCCGGUCGUCGGCGUCAUGGGCGUGCUGCAAGCGCUGGAGGCUAUUAAACUAAUCGUGGCCGGGAUAGGGACAGCGAAGGACACGACAGGCUCGGGCUCGCUGCCACGGGAGGUCCCUACGCCUACCCUGCUUCUCUUCUCCGCUACUUCGAGCACGCCGUUCCGGUCCAUCAGGAUGAGACGGCGGAGACCGGACUGCUUCGCGUGCGGGUCCAGCUCGACGCUGACCCUGAAAGAACUGCGAUCCGGCUCGCUGGACUACGUCCAGUUCUGCGGCGUGACGCAGCCGGUCAACGUGCUCAAGCCCGAGGAGAGGAUUUCCGCUGCGGAGUACAGGGAUAUUGCUCUAGCAGCCGAAGCCGAAGCCGAAGCAACGCAACACGGUGUUCCAAAACAACACCUACUGCUGGAUGUUCGCGAGCGGGAACACUUCGACAUCGCCAACAUACCAGGGGCCGUCAACGUGCCCUUCUCCUCGCUGCAGUCGCGCGGCAAGCCACCACCCCUGAACGGAAACGGAAACGGCAACGGCAACGGCAACGACAACGGAGAAAAUAUUCCCACCCCGGACUAUGUACCGGACUCGCUACCAGCUGAUGCGCCAAUAUACGUGGUGUGCCGGGUUGGGAACGACUCGCAACUGGUGGCGCAACGGUUAAAGGAGAUGGGCCUGGACAGGAAUGGGCAGCGUUUCGUGGGAGAUAUCAAGGGUGGGAUGCGAGCUUGGAAACACGAGGUUGACAAGUCUAUGCCUUUCACGUAGGGUAGAAGUAAAGCAAAGUAAAGUAAAGUAAAACCACUGCUAUACUGCCAUGGCAAAAAGAAUAACUCAAUUUUUUAAAAUAAAAAUAUAUAAAAAAU